GAGCAAACGGACACCGAUGGGCACCGUGACGAUUCCCGUGACCGCCGCGGCGACGACGGCGGCCAGCCACGCCGGCGGCCGACGACGCUAUGUCGCCGUGCGCUGCUCCUCCGCGUCCGACGAGCGGCAGGCCCUCUUCAGCCGCAUCGCCCCCGUCUACGACCAUCUCAACGACGUGCUCAGCCUGGGGCAGCACCGGACGUGGAAGCGCAUCUGCGUCUCUUGGUCCAAGGCGAAGAGAGGGGAUCGGGUUCUUGAUCUCUGCUGCGGGAGCGGGGAUUUGGCGUUCCUUCUGUCUCAGAAGGUCGGCCUGGACGGGGAGGUGAUGGGCGUCGAUUUCUCAGGGCAGCAACUACAAACUGCUGCUAGCCGUCAGGACCAGCGAUGGAAGGCUUGCUACAAGAACAUCAAAUGGAUCGAGGGCGAUGCACUUGAUUUACCUUUCACGGACCGCUACUUUGAUGCUGUUACAGUUGGUUAUGGAUUGCGCAAUGUGGUGGACAAACCCAAAGCGAUGCGAGAGAUUCUGAGAGUCCUAAAACCAGGAUCACGAGCAUCUGUUCUAGAUUUCAACAAGAGCUCAUCAUUUUUCACGGCAUCGUUACAGAGCUGGGUGAUCGAUAAUGUGGUCGUUCCUCUGGCUAGUAGCUAUGGACUUACUGAAGAGUACAAGUACUUGAAAAGUUCGAUAUCACAGUAUCUUACAGGAGAGGAAUUGGAGAAGUUAGCCAAGGAAGCAGGGUUUUCCUCAGCCAAGCACUAUGAACUUGGUGGAGGGCUCAUGGGAAACCUAGUAGCAACUCGCUGACUAGAAUUUUAGCGAUGAACGGUGAUCUGUACGAAUUAUCUGAAUUUUAAUUCAAUUAAUUAAUUUUCCUCUGCAUUACCGAAUAUGCAGUUUGGCUGAUCCCAAACGGGACCAAUGCUUCAAACUUCUCAGCUGUGCAACCUAGGGCAUGGAGACAUUCAGGUCACCAUGAAAUCACACCUACGGCAUGGAAAUCAAAACCACAGUUCUGAGAUGCAGGCCGUUCAAUCAAAGUCGUGGUUCUGAAGUGCAGGCGCCACUGUGCAUACCGGGUGUGCUGUUCUGCAACUUCUGAGCAAUAAAACUGGUAAUCGGACAUAAAAAAACAAGCACCUCCUCGUCAUAUUGGUGGAACUGGGAAGGCAUGGGAAUGAUCAGGUGAGAAUAUCAGGCUCUGAAUUUUUUUCUCCCGGUGAAGUGCGCACUGCUCUGAAUUCUGAAUGAUGUAUCCUCUGCCCUCCUCUGUUUAUUCGGUCCCCAUUUCGGCAGUUCAGAUCUACACUGGGGUAUUUAUGUUCAGCUAUUUUACCAGUGACUAUGGUGAAACUUCUUUGGUUUAAACUCGAUGAACGACCCAGCAAAAUAUUGGCAGUAAAACUCAAGUAACCCCUA